GUUUUGACAGAUGCACGCCACACACUGUUUUCACUGUCAACGCAUUCUGACAUAAAAUUCUCAAAACCCCCAAAUUAGAACCUCAAUAAUCAGAAUAAUUCUGCUCUAAAAAUUACCUAUCAGAGCCGUAGCAGAUUUGCAGAAGACGUUGCUUAUUUGAAGACCUUAAUACAAAGAAAGCAUCCCUUAUCUUGGCAUCUCCGACGCCCAAAUUCAAAAAGAAAAAAAGCUAUCCUCUUUUAACUCUUCUAAAAUGCUAAGUGCUAGUUGGUGACAGUCCUGGAAACAGAGUUUCUACGGUGCUUUAGCGACAAUUUGCAAACAAAUAUCUAUAAGCUAUCCAUAAACAUGCAAGCGGUUUCUCCAGACAAUUCAAGCGCGCUCCCCACAACGCAAGCACCGUUCUUCCCGCCAGAUACACCGCUGUACUAUUGGGUACUCAGUGGGCUCACCUGCGUCAUCACCCUAAUUUGUAACCUCCUCGUUAUCAUCAUCAUCUGCAGGCGACGACGGCUAUACAAGAAUCGUAGCAACUGGUUACUGCUAUCGCUAGCAACCGCUGACCUCACUGUCGGGCUCAUCAUGAUCCCUUCCAUCUUCAUUUGCUUCUUCUGCCCUUGGCUGCGUUGCCAUAGCGACUGGACCGUUAACAAGAUCAUAUAUGACCUCCUACUGCAUAUCUCUGUGACUAACUUGUGCAUUAUAACGCUUGACAGGUAUACCUAUGUUAUAUGCCCACUUAGGUAUUCAGAUCACAUGUCUAAACGUGUGAUCAAUCGCCUUAUUGUGACGUCCUGGUGUGGACCUCUGCUAUUCCAUAUAAUCCCUAUCGUCAUAGAAUAUGGUCUCACAGGGAAACGAAGAGUCAAGGCUCAUAAAAUCUCCUUGGGGCUGCAAAUAUCCAUCUUCGAAAUACUUCCUUGUCUACUUAUGCUAAUUGCUUACGCGCAUAUUUUCCACAUUGCCUGCCGGCACUCGAGAAACAUUGGGGAGUUCUACCCUAAACUAUCGUCCGUAAACAACGCGAAUAACAACUAUAAGGCUAGGACUCGCCAUGUUGGUUCAACUGUCAAGGUGUUUUGCGUUGUUAUCCCCCUGUUUGUGGUUUGUUGGGGUAUAGCCGCUUACCGAGAAGUCUGUGGUGCGUUUGUUAGUUGCUCUGUCCCUGAACACGUUGUUUACAUCUCUAGACUACUUCUCAAGGGUCAUUCUAUGACAGAUCCUAUAGUGUACGCGCUGCAGAAGAAAGACUUUAGAAAGGAAAUAGAUAGGAUUCUAGCCGGAAGAAGCUCGCUAAGGACGCCGGGAAGCGUCGCGUCACUGACUCAGGACGGUCAGUGUACACCAAGGCUACGAAGGUUUCACUUUGCUAAGAGCUCACGGGAUUCCUGUGGUGACUUGCGUACGAGUGAUAAAAGGAAAGUCGAUAAGCGAUUAUGAAAAUAGGGGAUUCCUGUAGAAAAAAACACGUGGGGUCUAGCAAAAGAUGUUCGCUAUACAGUUUGCUUUAACAGAAACUAAGUAAAGAGACUUUAAGGCUUUCUUACGAAUCAUUUCAUAUCAUUAACUUUUAACAAACAUUCUACCUUUUUCUUAAUUUUGUCUUGACCCCGAAAUUCUCGUGGACUUUUUUUAAGAGAAAAAAACUCUUUCUUCUACCUUUCCAUUGCAGUUGUCACAAGUAUACUAGAUUGAUUAACAGUGGAAAAAGUUUUUUUCGAUUUCGGGCUUCAUGUGGCGUGUUCAAGAAAGGGCCUGGGUAAGUGGUUCAACUCGCCACAGAACCCUAAUUCACAAGUAAAUAACACCCAAUGCCUGCGAAGGAGGCUAUAGAUUGGUGUGGAUGAGGGAAAUAAAAGAAAAACAUUAAACCCCGUGUUUCCGCCUAGAUAAUUCCCGCCUUUUUACAACAAUAUUUUCCUGAGAAACCAGCCAUGCUUGUAAACGGUACCUGCCACUGACACUCAUGGCCCAUAACACCAUACAAAACGUGUCUUUCCUUACACAGAGCUUGUGGCCAGUUAUAUCGUAUAUAACUGGUCUUUCUAUUUUGAAGUGUAUUUCCUAAAAGUCGUGCGUUUCUUCACGUUUUUGAGCGCCUACCAAGCGAUUAAUUUUUCAUGCUUUUGCAUGGUACCUAACAGCUAUAACUGCUUUUGUAAACUCUUACUGAUGAACAUAGAUCAUGGCGGCGCGAGAACCUCGCUCAAUUGUAACAAUCUCUACUAUUUUUCUACAAUUUUGUGUACUUUGCACAAGCGAUUUGGACCCCCGAUUAAGAAUACCAAAAUGUUAUAAGCAGGAAGGUGGUUGCGAGAGAGCAAAACAUGAAAAGACAUUUGGUGGGCCGUGUAUGGUGGGGCGAGCUGGCGGGGUUACGAAGUUGGAUCCAGUUAAGGUUGGUCACGUGGAAGAGAUUGACGUCGGGGAUAAGGUUGUCAAGAUCACAACACGCGCUAUGAAGCCUCCCGUGUUUGAGAUCCCCAACUUCCUGUCUGACGAGGAAUGUGACUUUUUCAUCAACUACGCCAAGCACAAGCGGAUGAUGUUCAGUGAAGCGCGGGGAGGGCUUACUUUGAAGGAACAGGUCGAUGUGCCGAAGAUCAGGCACGGACGUGCUAAAGGCAUUGUGUCGAUAUUUAGCGGAUGGGACACAAACAAUGAUGGCUUCAUCACAGUAGACGAGGUUUUGGCUUUUGCUAGGAAGUAUUACUAUAUGCAGCUAAAAGAGCCCGAGCUCAGAAAACUACUUCGCAGAAUCAAAGCCCAUGAACUAGACGACGAUGUGAUCACGAAGGAGGAGUUUGAGAAGAUGGACACACAAGCGAUCGAUGAUGCGAUGCUCGCCCUCGGGCUGACACACCCUCGAUACCGACAUCGCUUGAGCGAGCAGACUUGGAUCAACCAGCGAUUGAUGAAGAGAACCCCGAUCCUAGAAACCAUACAAGCGAGAUUGAUCAAACUCACAGGUCUUACAAAGGAAAUCAUCUACGGCAGUGAGAGAAUUCAGGUUGUCCGCUAUACCAAGUUCGGCCAUUACCACGCACACUACGACUCCGAGACCCACAAGCGGACGGAUGUGCCGUGCUGCCAUCUGAUGCAAGAUCCAAAAAAGCUCUUUACUUACCAAAACCCUUGCAGGAUAUGUAGAUAUCUAACUGUGUUGUACUACCUGAAUGACGUGGAAGAUGGUGGCGAGACGGCCUUUCCUGUCGCUGACAACGUCACACUCGACCGGGCGUACAUGGAAAUGACUCGUGGGAUUCAUGACUACUUCAACAUGAACGAGAACUGCAAGACUAGCAACCUCGUGAUCAAGCCAAGACGAGGCUUAGCGGUCAUGUGGUACAACCAUAUGCGAGAUGAAGCCACGGGUUGGAUGGGAGCCAUGGAUGACUAUAGCUUACAUGGGGGGUGCGAGGUGUUUUCCGGGGAGAAAUGGAUCGCUAAUAGUUGGAUCACAGCGCCAUAUGCGGACGGCGCAUACAUGGGUAGCCUGUGGCUAAGGAACAUCACAUUUAUUGACGAUAUCUAACAAUGCAACACCACAGCUUGUACCGCGAUCACAUGGGAAGCCUGUGGCUAAGAAACAUCACAUUUAUUGACGAUAUCUUACACAUAACACCACAGCUUGUACCGCGAUCACAUGGGAAGCCUGUGGUUCAGGAAAAUCACAUCUAUUGACAAUAUCUUACACAUAACACCACAGCUUGUACCGCGAUCACAUGGGAAGCCUGUGGUUCUAGAAAAUCACAUUUAUUGACGAUAUCUAACACAUAACACCACCGCGAUCACAUGGGAAGUCUGUGGUUCAGGAACAUCACAUUUAUUGACGAUAUCUAACAAUGCCACACCACAGCUUGUACCGCGAUCACAUGGGAAGCCUGUGGCUAAGGAACAUCACAUUUAUUGACGAUAUCUAACAAUGCAACACCACAGCCUUGUACCGCGAUCACAUGGGAAGCCUGUGGUCCAUACUGCACAACAGCCUUGUAGGGAAGUUAAAGAGUGGAAAUAUUAGCUUUUGAGUCAAGAUUUCUUUGGGUAUGUCGUGUUUAUCUGACCAUCUUGGUUUUUAAAAAAGGAACCUUAAAAAUGUCCUGGUUGUAAUUUCCUAAGCGUAUAAUCUAAAGAAUUGCACUGUAACUGUCCUCAAUAAUCACACAUGGUGAUUGUGAUAGUCAUGACGACUGUAAUCUUUGUAAAUCAGUACUAGUACCCAGUCUGGGCAGGACGAAUAGUUUCGUGGUGCGCAAUGUUUUCUGGGAAGAACUCGAAGCGUCCAGUAUUAACACCGCCCAUAUUCUGUAAACGCACGGCACAAGAUAUUUGAUUUAGAUUCCACAUCGCACCUAAUUAAUAACAUAAGGAUGAAAAUAUUACACCGGUGCGUGGCUGAGAAAAAAAAUUAGCAAACUCAAAAAGCCAUAGAACAAAAUUUUGUAAAAAUAAAAUGACGCAGGCGCAGGAGUUAAUUAUGCGAAGAACAAACAACAAAGCGUUUUAAAAAAGCUAGUGAAAAAAUUAUAGGCAGUAAUUCUUGUAAUUCGUUAAAAAAGAGAUAAAAAACCAAAGUAAUUAAAAACAAAAUAAUAACA